UCGUUGAUUCGGUUUUGUUCUAUCAUCCGUGUUCGUCACAAUAUGUAUGUAUGUAUAACAAAUGCAAGUAUCAUAGAAGAAGCUAUCACGUUGCCUAAAGUUCUGAAUCCGUAACAAACCCUUAUAUGAACAAUCUAGUUUCAUUCAUAUUGUUAUUAACAUAGCAAAGUAUUUUUAUUUUACGAAUGUAGUUAAUUAAUAAAUUUUACUUUCCAUUUGGCACAAACUUUGUUUACGCCCUAGCAAAUUUUGUACCCCCAACUUAACGCAGAGAGAAAUGUUAUUUUUGACAUUAAAAAAAUUCAUAUCGCCUAAAAUUUAUUUAAAAAAAACCUUAUGUCGAACUUUGUUAUAAAAGUCGUCUUAUUUCAAAUAUUUUCCAUUUAAUUGAAAUAAUGGGCGCAUUUUUUGACUUAAGAAGUCAAUAUUCAUGUGAAUUCAGAUGCAUUGCUUUUAAUUUUUUUUGUUUGUUUACAACUUUUUUGUUUCUUUACAUUUUCCAUCUAUUUUUUCUAAAUCAGCUGAGAUAAUGUGUUGUAUAUCCCACUAACAAACAAAUGGCUCUAAAUCAGAGUCGCACAGAGAGAUUUCGAGUAGAUUAGCUUCAAAUCUCCUCGAUUACGAGAUUAACAAGUGUCAUUUUUCUAAAUCUAGUAAAUUAGUGAGUUAAUAUACUCAACAGCCUAAAUCUCGUGUUUAAGUGUCGGUCGGAAUAUUGUAUUCAAAUUUCAAGUAAUAGCAAAUCUUAAAAAUUAUUAAAUUUUUCUAGUCUCAUUAAUAUUGUAAUUAGCGAAGCAAAGUAUUUGCUUUCAGUUUUACAAAUGUGUUUAAAUAAUAAUUUAAAAAUCAAGAUAAACGUCGUAUUUGCGAUUGUUUUGAUAUUUAAAUGUCAAACUUUUACUUUACAUUUGGCACAGCAAAAUGUAUUUAAAGCUAACCGGUACCUUUUUUCUCUGUGUUGAAACGGGGUGACAAAGUUUGCUAUGGUGAUUGUUAUGGCGGCAGUGACAAAUGGACAGAUGAUAACCAUAUAAUCCGAUCAACUCUUAACCGGUCAACUCGGCUCCCUUCCUCGAAAUUACUACACGAAUGUUUUCUGCCGCUACAACAACAACAAGAAUAUCAACUGUCAACCAAAAGAGAGAUUGCCUUCUUAUGUUAACCUUAUUACUUUUUCGUAAUUAACAUUUAUAGGUCGUGCGCAUCAGGUUUUCUACAUAAAGGAAGAUAUUUUUGGGGAUGAAGAAGUUGAAGCUGAUAUUGGUGAGGAAAGUGUGACGACGCAACAGAGCCGGUACCUGAUUAUGAUCCUGAAUUCUCUCAUUUAAUGCAUCUAGCGAGCGAGGUUCACACUGCUCUGAAGCGGAGCAAAAAGUACGCAAAUCAAAAAUGAGUUUCGUUCAUGAUGGCAUGAUUGACUAAUGUUAUAAAACAUGUGGGUUUUGACAGCUUUUUCUCGAAUCAAAGAGUUUCGUAUCAUAUCAUUUAUGACAAAACUGUUAAGACAUUUGGAAUUGUACGUGUAGACAAGCAGUACUUCAUUCAGCUAUAUGAACGUACGUAAAGUGUAUGGCACAAACAGUCACCUACGCAGAACCGUGGACCGAAUCAGCUGAUACGACCUAUCUUAUGAGAGCGCAUUCUAAAUGAUCGUUUUUACCGUCCGCUUCAACAGACCGUACGGUAGGAUAUCCGUGAAAAUUGAAUUUUUCCUAGAAACGAGUAAGCUUAGAGUAAGAGAGAAGUCUCUUGCAACGCAGGGUUUCGAAUAUCGAUAUUUUGUAGUAAUAAAAAAGUAAACUUAAAAUAACUCAAAAUCAUAGUCGAACACACUUAUUAAUUAAUAGGUAAACUAUUUUUAAUAGGCAGAUUUUAGUUUUGUGCUUUUACAUUAUGAAAAAUUACAACUAUAAAAAAAAAUUGUGAAAAAUCGUGUAUACAAAUAGAACAAUGGCAACAUUGGUGAAAUGAAAACAAAAGAGAAUAACUGAUUUCUGCGUUGCAACUACGGCCAUAACUUUUGACUAAUUUGGUUUGAUACGGGCGGUAAGUACGGAAGGGAGGAAUGUGACUGUUUAUGCUAUUAGUCGAUAUAUUGGAUCAAGUGAUAGGACUAUGUACGGUUAAGAGAAUUAUUGGAGUUGUUUCAUCCAUUGUAAUUGUUUUUAUUUCUUGAAAAGAAAUGAAAUGGAGUACUUACGACCAGUAUGGAAUUGUUUAAGAACAUUUUGUGGAUGCAUUCACUGCUCGGAAGAUAUUGGAAAUCAGUAUAACUAUGAGCCAAGUGAACGGACUUACCUAUUAGCUGAUCCUGCAAUUCAUAAUAGUCCAGCUUUAAGGCAAACUAAUUCUGAAAAUCUUAGCAACGAGUUUGCGCAAUCUUUACCUAAAAAAGAUGAGAAUGCAUUAUGUCGCUUAGUGCAAAGUACAGCCAUGAACAUGAUUGAUGUGGGAGCUAUGGAUUUACACAACCUUGAAAAUGAAGAGUACAAUGAUCGAAUAAAGCUAUAUUCUCAACGCCUGCAGCAACAAUGGAAUAGUAUUCAACACCCUGAAAAAGAAGUAUCAGGAUUCCUAAGAGAUAUAUCAAAUGCAAACGAUCAAUUAUGUAUAAUGAACUCUCCAGACGAUUUGUUGCAGAUAUCGAAUUUUUUGCGUGAAAGUCACACCGCGUUAUUAAAUUUGCGAAUCGAUCACAACGAAGCGAUAGUUGUGCCAUUUAGAAUACCAUAGUGAUAUUUUUCUACUAAUCCUUCGUUAUAAAAUAAUAAUAAUAAUUAUCACCAACUAAAUUUACAUUUUAUUAUAAAAAUAAUAAGAAAAUUAAACACGAGAUUUGAUAAUGGUAAUACGGAUUAGUCCUUCACACUAGAUACUUGAUGAGUACUGCGGGCUGUAAGUGCUUAAACUGUUCGUUGGUAAUGUGUCUGUAUCUUCUCUCUUCAUGUGACACAGAAGGAGUUUGACGCGAUUGAAUUAUGAACACUCCGGUGUUGGACCGACCAGGGUUAUUUUUUUGAAGCGCGGCCGAAGGCCGCCAGUACAGAACGGAGUUUGACGCGAUUGAAUUAUGAAUACUCCGAUGUUGGACUGACCAGGGUUAUUUUUUUGAAACGCUUCCGAAGGCCGCCAGUACAGAAAGGAGUUUGACGCGAUUUAAUUAUGAACACCCCAGUUUUGGACCGGCCUGGGUUAUUUUUUUGAAGCGCGGCCGAAGGCCACCAGUGCGGGGCAAAGGAAAGCGCUGAACACAUAGAUGACGACGAGCGACAGGCAGCAUCUUUCCAAUAUUGAAAUACACUACUACUUCUUACGGACACAGAUAUUGCUCUCCUUAAAUUAAAACCAUUUCUAAUUUUGCCGACAACAGUGGGCAGCUGUCUUGCUGCCACUAAUAUGUGAAAUGUAAAACUAUUCAAAACUAACAAUUCUAGCGUUAUUUUUACCAACAGAAGAAUAAAAAAGCUCUGAUAUAUAAUUUGUAAUAACAA